GUCUGUCUCUUUGCAGAAAUCUCGCGAGAGCGGCCGCGUGGCUGGCUGGCUGGCUGUGAGGUUGCAGCAGACGGAGGGAGAAGGCAGGCAGGCAUCAUGGCGGACAGAGACAGUGGAAGUGAGCAGGGAGGAGCGGCUACGGGCCCGGCUCUGAGCUCCAUGCACGCGGUGGCAGGAGGGGCGGGCUCGGCUUCCGGCCUGCAGCACGACACGCAGGAGCUCGCGUCCAAGCGCGUCGACAUCCAGAACAAGCGCUUUUACCUGGACGUAAAGCAGAACGCGAAAGGCCGCUUCCUAAAGAUCGCCGAAGUGGGGGCCGGUGGCAACAAGAGCCGCCUGACGCUGUCCAUGUCGGUGGCCGUCGAGUUCCGAGACUACCUCGGGGACUUUAUCGAGCAUUACGCGCAGCUAGGGCCCAGCAACCCGGACGCGGUGCAGGACGAGCCGAGACGAGCGCUCAAGAGCGAGUUCCUGGUGCGCGAGAAUCGGAAGUAUUACAUGGAUCUGAAGGAGAACCAGCGCGGCCGCUUCCUGCGGAUCCGACAGACGGUAAACCGGGGGCCUGGCUUGGGCUCGGCGCAGGGCCAGACCAUCGCGCUGCCGGCGCAGGGGCUCAUUGAGUUCCGCGACGCACUCGCCAAACUUAUCGACGACUACGGCGUGGAGGAUGAACCUGCCGAGCUGCCCGAAGGCACGUCGCUCACUGUGGACAACAAGCGCUUCUUCUUCGACGUGGGCUCCAACAAGUACGGCGUGUUCAUGCGCGUGAGCGAGGUGAAGCCCACGUACCGCAACUCGAUCACGGUGCCCUACAAAGUGUGGGCCAAGUUCGGCAGCACGUUCUGUAAAUACGCCGAGGAGAUGAAAAAGAUUCAAGACAAGCAGCGGGAGAGGAGGGUGUGCGAGCAGCAACAACAGCCGGGAGAGAUGCACCCGGACGAUGGGGAUGAGGAUUGAUAAAGAGCGGAGUUUUGGGAGGGAGUAUAACAUGCAAAAAAAUACGAUCAAAACAAAGCGAAACGACGCGUAAAACGAACUUUUUACUGUACAAAUGAAAGAAACGUAAAGAUUUAACUGUAACGGUUUAACUCCAAGGGGCAGUAAGUAUCCACAAACAUACAACAAACCUCCACAAGAUGACAGGUGCAACUCGUACCCCAUCACUGGAUGUGAUCCACUUACCCACCAUUAAUACAGUAAGCGGCUGCUAAACAGAGUAAUAACAUUAUAUAUGAACUGUGUUUCCUACUUGACUACAGAUAAAGAACUGAGUGUUUAUUUCCCUUAUUAACCAGAACUUUUAUACACGUCAAAGAUAUUAUAAAAACAAACAAAAAAAAAGUGUUUGCAAUGUUCAAAUGGAAUUAUUGCUGAAACAUGAAACAACCAGUCCUUUACGUGUAAGCUAAUAACUUCAGCACAAAUCAGAUGGGUUUAUUUUAUGUUCUUUACUUUUUUUAAAACUAAAUUUUAAGAAUUCUAUGAAGAGGCUGUCAUGGUAACCAUGCCACUCAUAUGUUAAAAGCAUCACCUGAAGGCUAAUCAGGACAGUGGAGGUUAAAAAAGGUGAAAAUGUCAGUGAGCCUAGAAGGCCGUGGGUACGGGUUAACUUUGACAAAGGUCACAAGUGCUCAGAACGCGGUCAGGUUGUUAGACGACCUGUUCGACUGGAUCAUGGUCCUUGACGUGGAGACCUGUGCGCAAGAGGCGGCCUGUAGAGUUUAAUCCCAGUGUGUUUUUAUCCAUUGAAAAAUUGUCACGCAGAUGAGUAUACUAUGGACUCAUGUCUUCUUGUCUUGCCAAGUCUAUCGACAAGUUCUAAAAGGUACUUUAAACGAGGAGAAGCAGUGACAACGGAAAGAAUACUAUAAAAGUUUUGUAAUGAAAAAACUCUUCCCAAAACAAUGAGGCCCCUGGAUGAAGGUGCAAAGAAACAUGAAUAUGUUAACGUAAAAAAAAAAAAUUAUAUAUAAAUAUAUAUAUAUAUAUAUAAAUAUAAAA